CUCGGCUCUUUGAUGGCUUUUCUCACGAUCUUUCCCCUCCUUCGCUUGCUCGAGGCUGCAAUGAGUUCAUCAAUUUCAUCUUCCUCGGAGCUCCUGGAGCAGGAGCGCUCUGAUUCGGCUGACCCUGUUGUACCAUAUAAUCUAUUUUGCCUACCCCCGAUCCUAGGAAGUCCCACGCAGGAUUUGCUGCGUCUUUUAACCCGGGCUGCGCGUCCGCCUGCAUCGGUGACGUCAUCCCCCGAAGCGGCUCCCCGGCGUUCAGGGUUGCUAUGGAAACGGACAGACCUGAGAGCGGAGAGACCCCUGCCCCCAUGGGAGGUUCCCUCUCCCCUCCCCUCUCCCGGUACAAGGCUCUGCCCCCGGCUGCUCCUCCCGGGGCGGUGCCGUGGGCUGUGCCCGCCAUCCAUCCCCUCCCCUCUCCCGGUACAAGGCUCUGCCCCCGGCUGCUCCUCCUGGGGCGGGGGCGGCGGCAUCCCUGCCUGCCCAGGCUCGCCUUUCUCCUCCUGCCCUGGCUGGGACCCCGUCUGAGCUGCGCCUCCCCCGCCCCCCGAUCGUGGCGGCAGCGGCGGGGGGGCGGUGGCGGCGGCGGGGACACACCUUGGCCCGGACCCGACCGACCCCACCCUCAGGACGGGAGCAACUCGAUACUAAGGUAUGCUCUCCCUUUUCCUUUGCUGCCGAGCUCCGCUGACAUGCUGACACCACAAAGAGCCUCGCAUACUCCCGCUCACCUGAGCGCCCUGAGCAUUUAUCCUCGCGUCUACGGGAAAUCAAACUUGAUAUUAAUCUCUUAUCCAAACUACCACACUCGGGCCUCGUCUGAUUGUCCUCUAGUUCAUACCGCGGCCACAUCUUUUCUGAGUCUGUUAAGUUUGCAUUUGAAGAAAAAGGCUCCCCACCCCACCGAAGGUUUCCCCAGAUUCUCAGUGCUAAUCUCAGGGGACUGUCUCUCGGGAUAUUAUCACUACAGCACUCGCAGCAGAAUAUGCACACCGAUUUCUAACAGUUAUGAGGAUAAAUUAAAAGAACCAAGGAGAGAGAGAAAGAGCAAGAUUCCAAUCGCGGCGCUCCGGAGUGGCGGUGCGGGAACGAUCCCCUGCGCCACCGCUGCUGGCCCCACGCCAAGCCCAGCACCGCAAUCCAGCCCCGCUCUCACAGCGCCCGCCCUCCCUGACACCGGGGCACACCGAGCACCGCACCCCUGCGCUCCAGAGCACAAAACACCCCUUCCCACCGCUCUCACCUGAGAAACACAGCACCCCUUCAGCCGCUGCCGCCUCUCUCGCUCCUCCCGAGCUUCUUGGCCUCCCACACCCUCUGCACCGCACCUGGGCCCCGCCAGUGCCGCGGGCUGGGGGGCAGCAGCUGCACCUUCCUCUGCCUCUGCUCCAGCCCUUGCCCAGGUGCCUCGGCUCCCUUCGUGCUCGCCACCAACUGAUGGCUUCAGAAGGCUGACCUGGAGCAGAGGCCAGGCACAGUUACACAAAAAGCAGGCAUUUGUUAAAAGGCCUCCACGGAGCCACCUUGGGCAGAACAAGAGCCCAGCCAGGCUACGCCCAAGAUGAACCAAAAUGGCCACAAAAUGGACGAGGUCAUGAGGUCGGUCACUUUUAUCAGUUCUGCUCCAUUUGCAUCUUGGAGUUAAUUGUCCAAUUAUAGCUUUAGCUGAUGAAGUCCCAUCCUUCUUGUUUUUCUCUCUUCAGUCCACAUUGUUUAUGCUCUUGGGCCUGAGGUUUGGAUUAUUUGUCCUUGGGUUCCCAGCUAGAGCAGGAAUUGUUUUGUCUCCCUGCUCUGUGAACAGAGCUCAGCAUCCCUUAAUAUGAAGCCCAGAGCCACAGAGUAAGGCAGCACAGAAUCUGAAAAAUAGAAAAGGCAAAACCUGUGGAAUCAAAUCCAUGGGACACCCCCACACUCACCAGACCCCCCCCCCCAGGGCACUCCCCAGGCCCCCCCCAUUGAUUGAAGCCCCCCAAAACACCCCCAGACCCUCCUCCCUCAGCUCCCUGAGCCCCCGGCCCGUGUUCUCACCUGGGAAACCCAGAAUCUUUGGGAAUUCUCAACUGGGAAGCCCCAAAUCCCUGGAAACCUCACCUGGCCCCCCCAAAACCACACCUGGGAUGCCCAAAACCUCACCUGGGGUGCCCAACACCUCACCUGGGACCUCCAAACCUCACCUGGGAGCCCCCAAAAUCUCUUUAUGACCCCCCAAAACCUCACCUGAGCUCCAAACCUUACCUGGGACCCCCCAAAGCCCCCAAGAAUCCCCAAAACUUCAUCUGGGACUCCCCCAAACCCCCCAACAGCCUCCAAACUCCACCAGAACCCCCCAAACACUGGUGACAGUGGGACAGACUGUGGCACUGGCUUGGUGGUACUGGAAUGAUGACACAGGGGUGGUGGCACUGGGACAGGCCCAGGGUCCCUGGGGUGGUGACAGUGGGAUAGAACUGGUGGCAUUGGGAUGGAACUGGUGACACUGGGGUGGUGACACUGGGGCAACCCUGGUGGCACUGGGCUGGUGGCAGUGGGAUGGAACUGGUGGCACUGGGACAGGGAUACUGGAACAGGAAUGGGGACACUGGGAGGGGAGACUGGGAUGGGGACGUCAGGAAGGGACUGGGUGCACUGGGCUGGUGCACUGGGGUGGAACGGGUGACACCAGGACACAACAGGUGACCCUGGAAUGGGGACACUGGGACACAACUGGUGACAUUGGGGCAGGGACACUGGGACAGGAUGGGGGGCAGUGGGAUGAGACUGGAGACACUGGGCUGAAACUGGUGGCACUGGGCUGGUGACACUGGUAUGGGGACAAUGGAGUGGUGGCACUGGGAGCACUGGGCUGGUGGCACUGGGAUUGAACUGGGGACACUGGGCUGGAACUGGGUUGGUGACAUUGAGUGAUGGCACUUGGGUGGUGACAGUGGAAUAGAACUGGUGGCGCUGGGAUUGAACUGGGGACACUGGGGUGGUGACAGUGGGGCAGCCCUGGAGACACUGGAUUGGUGGCACUGGGCUGGUGGCGCUGGGAUGGAACUGGUGACACCAGGACAGGACUGGUGGCAGUGGCACAGGGACACUGGCACUGAACUGGUGCCACUGGACGGGUGGCACUGCCACGUCCCUGGUGCUACCUGUGCAGUGUCCCCAUGACCCUGCAGUGUCCCUGGACUUGGCCUGCACUGCCCUGGGGGUGGCUGAGGACGGUGUAAAUCUCUGUCCAAAGUUUCUCUCAUCUGCCUCAGGAUCAUUGGGAAAAGGACAGAAACUGGGGCCACUGAAAAGACCCUGGCUGGAAUCCUGGUCUUGCUCAGGACAGUUGUUCACCAAGACCCUGAGGCCUGAGCAAAGCCCUUGGCUUGCCAAGCUGUUGUUUGCAGGUGUGUUUGCUUCCAUGGAAGACUGAACCUAGUGAAAAGGAGACACCUUGCCCUUUUCUUGUGCCUGCUUCACAACAAAGGCCCUGGAAUUUCCCCGCCUCUCAGCUUGGCUGGACUUUUCUGGGGUACCUUUGGUGGUCCCCACAGAAGACCCCACAUCUGCUUCACAGCCACCGUGAUGGACUGAGAUGGGAGAAGCCUCUCCCUCAAGGACUGAGACAUGAGACCCCUGUGUGGAGAAGCUCCCCCUCCUCCCAAGGACUGGGACUGAAACCCCUCACCUGGGGGAGGUGUGUGGGGGAGGCGAGCUGACCAAAGUGAGAUGUGCACCUGCAGGUGUGACCAUUGGACCAAGAAGACAGUGGUUCUCACCCACUGCUGAGAAUAUGGACUGUUUGUACCCUUCUUCAAUACCUUUCUUUUUUCCCCCCCAGAAAUUACAAUAGACUAUUCUGUACUACUUUUGAUUCGAUUUCAAGACUCAUCCCCUUCCCCCAUCAAAAAAGACUAUAACAGGAGUUCGAAUCGACCAGAGUCUUUGAGAUCUCCCCUGACGUGACCAGGCGAGCUCCAUCGACUGAAGACUUUGAAGGCCUUUGUGUCUCUACUUUUGCUAGCUAUAUAGCUUCCUUUCUUUUCCUCCCUCUUUUUUCUUCCUCUUCCCUUUUUCCCCAAUUCCCCCCAAUGCAUUUUGCUGUGGUCAUUGAAUAAAAGUGCAUUUGGUUUUUGAUUGUUACUGCAAA